AGUCACAUUCAAAACACAACUGCUCCAGGAGAGCCAGGCCUGGUAGUUGUGGAGAGGGCGAUCUUCACAGCUGACUUUCCACAAAAACGUCGCCGGCGCGUAACCGUCGAGUACCAAUCGAGGUGGACACGGGAUUUGGCCAUUGCCGGAAUUUUCCCUUUCGGGACGGUAGAUCCCGCGGCUGAAGUGCCCUAGCCUAGCCACCACCUGCUGGCAGCGUUUGUGUGGAAGUUGCAGGUGAAGUCAAGUGGCAGGCAGUACUCUAGCCUAUUAGGGAGUACUUUGGUAGCCAAGCGUGUGCCAGUCCCUGGAUAUCCUGGCUUCUGUGUAAUUGAUUCCUGGUGAGGGGAUCCACCCAAUAUGUUUUAACUAACAGAUGGGUGGAGACAACAUGGCAAAGUAGAUGCACUGCAAAGAGAGGGAAUGCUUCUGAAUGAAAGAGACAAAGCAAUGCGUGGGACAACGAUGACAGAAGAUGUGCUGCGGUGGAACGAGGAAGACUUUGUGAAGAAUUCGACCUACCUCGUCGUGGACCAGGAAUGGGAGGAAGAAGGAUCGCAGCAGCCCCGAGCGGAGGGAACCCUCCCCAGAAAUCUCUACCUCAAGUAUAACGACCAAAAUGAAGUGUUGGGCGUGUGCAGCAAAGAAUACAUUCCACAAGGCACGAGGUUCGGUCCGCUAGUGGGACAAGUGUACUGCAGGGACGAAGUGCCAAAGGGAGCCAACCGGAAAUAUUUCUGGAGGGUGUACGACGGAGAGGAAUUCCAGUUCUACGUGGACGGCUAUGACAUCACGAAAAGCAACUGGAUGCGUUACGUCAACCCGGCGCACAGCGGAGAAGAGCAGAACCUGGUGGCCUGCCAACAUGACAUGAAGAUCUACUUCUUCACUAUCAAGCCUGUUCUCCCUGAUACGGAGCUGCUGGUCUGGUACUGUCGGGAGUUCGCAGAACGGCUCAACUACCCUCCAAGUGGGGAACUGAUGAUGCAGAGAAUAAAGCAAGCUCUCCUGAAGGAACCCAGUCUACCUCAUGCCAACCCAUCGGACCAGACAGCAAACAAUAACAAUGACAAUAUCCCCAUAGACUUCAGCAAAGGCAGAUCCACCAAUCCCUCGCCUGUCAGCCCGACAAACGGGCACGCUGCGUCGCCCCAAAGCCAAGUACAAGUUCCCGUGCCAAAUGCUGCUAGCAUCUCUCUACCAAUCACUAGCGAGAGGCAAGACCAUAAGGAGAGAAACGGACUAGCCAAUGGGCAUCCAGACGAAACGCGCUAUAGCCUCAAACCACUGCCAAGUUCGUUCUUUCUACCGGGCGCAGUGGCAAACGGGACUCCAAGCACCACCGUUGUGAGCCCCACAGAGGCGACGAAAGCCCACAUAUUCCCGAGCCUACCGGGUCUUCCGAAACCUCCAGCCUUGCUUCCCAACCUGCCCUACCUCAAUGGUUACACUCCACCAUUUCCAUUUGUCUACCACGAUGCUCACGCCAGAUUCGGUUUACUUCGCCCGCCGUUCGACAACGCCCUGCUGAGAAACAGCCACAGGUUGCCACCCUCCGAUCUCAGGAUGCUGGGAACGGGGCCCGUGUUGACGCCGCCUAUGGGUAGGAUCGGCGACAUGCCUCACAGUAUGAUCAAGGUGAAGACGGAGCCCUCCGAUAUCAGCAACAACAACAGGGAGAGACAGGAACUGUCCGUGGCACAGUCGCACUACAUGGGUUCGCCGGCCGGGAACGGUAGGAGUGACGCCAAUAGCCCGAGCAAGCCUCGGAGGCAGAUCCAGGGGUACAAGUCGCUCCCGUACCCGCUCAUCAAGAAGAACGGGAAGAUCAGCUACGAGUGCAACGUGUGCCACAAGGUGUUCGGGCAGCUGUCCAACCUGAAGGUGCACCUGAGGGUGCACAGCGGCGAGCGCCCCUUCAAGUGUCAGACCUGCGGGAAGGGCUUCACCCAGCUGGCUCACCUGCAGAAGCAUCACCUGGUGCACACAGGUGAGAAGCCUCACGAGUGCCAGAUCUGUCACAAACGGUUCAGCAGCACCAGUAACCUGAAGACUCACCUGCGGCUGCACAGCGGGGAGAAGCCUUAUCAGUGCAAGCUGUGCCCGGCCAAGUUCACACAGUACGUUCACCUGAAGCUACACAAGCGCCUCCACGGGCGCGACCGCCCGUACCAGUGCCAGCACUGCCACCACGCGUACGUCUACAGGUGCCAGCUCAUGCUUCACCAGACCAAGCCCUGUACUCCAGACGACGACGGCAACUCUCCCGCCUUCCCUCCGGAAGAGUGCGACGAUCACUGCGGCGGAUGUUCGGGCGAAUGCGACGAUGACGACCAAAGGAGCGAUGUUUCUGACGGCGAGCGUAGCGUGGAGAAACACGACGUCGGCGAAACCACAGACCAAGGGUACACCUUGUUAGAGGCAGCGAAAAAGCACCCGUCGAUGGAUACGUCAGAUGAAGGCGAGAACUACAGAAGCAAAGGUAGCCCGAGUAACGCCAGCGAUGGCAGCGGGAGUGAGGAAAGCGGGUUUGGCACCAGCAAUAGCGUACUGUCAGAGGGCCACGAAGAGGAAGUGCCCACGAAAGAGAACUUCUCGAAACAGGACGUUGACAUGCCCGCUGUUUAGAAAAAGGAUAGAAAAAAGUGACCUUAGCAUUGAUUGUUGCAACAUCGAUCCAUACAGGGUAAUUUUGCACCGUUGUUGUGCACUUCUGCAUUGCAGCAACAGACUUCAGUACUAGUGUUCAAUUUUAUGCAAAAGCAGGAAUCAAGAAUACAGUUUAAAUUUGCAUUCACAUUUUCACUUUAUAUAAAGAUUAUACAGCAUUCCAAGUAAGCAAGCAUCACAGUGACAGAAAACAAGUCUGCUGCUGCAUAUGACAAUCAAAAUUCAACAACUUUUUUCUGUUGGAUGUGAUGGUUUUGAUUUCACCGUUACGUACAUAUAGCUACUUUUACAGACACAGAAUCUUGAACUGUCAACAGAGACUAAACUAUGCAACUGGAGCGGGCUCCUAACAGUACAUAAACAACCUCAGCUAUAUGUAACUCUUUUUGUUUGUUCAUAUUAAUAGCUAAGUACAAUCAACAACAAUGGACAAUCAUCGUUUUACCUUACCUGUAAACCUUUUGGUAUAUCCUCAUUUAGUCAUGAGAUAAACUUUCGUUUUGAAUUCUUUUGUUUCUUCAUAAAAACAUACUACCAUUGUCAACUAUGCAGACAGAAGAAUGCUAUGUUUAAUUAUGAUAAUUUCUACUUCUCACAAGAGUCUAUGUAAUUUUGUGAACUAUAGAAAGCAGCCAUUUUGUCUAUCAUUGUACUGAAACACAUAUUAUGGAAGAAAUGCCAGUACAGACAAUUCUUUUCUUCCUCUGUAUGUUAAACUAAUUUAACCAUUGAAAUAAUCUCAAGUUCACAUAUUUAUUAUUUCAAAUAUUAUAUAUGUAUAAAUGCAAAUGUUCCAUGUCACCGUAAAAGCCACAAAUACCUCAGUUUCAACACCACACAGUAUAGGCAUAAUUUUUUGUACAUAUUGUUUACAUUCAAUUACACAGUUUUAUAUAUUAUCCAGACUGUAUAUGAAUUCCCACAAAGGGAUACCCACUAAUUCUAUAUCAAUAUCAUUUUUUUUCAGCUUGCUCCAAACUAUAACAGUUUAACUAGCAUGUUUGUUGCUGGAUGAAAACUUGUAAAAUGAUCUUCCAUGUUGAAAUUUGUAGACGACUGUUUAGUUUGUUAUAGAAAUACUUCUCUCUGUUCUCCAUUGCUGCAUUUGUUCUAUAAGAUGAUUAGUUACCCCCCCCCCCCCUCUAGUUGUUAUUGAUUGACCCUGUUAGAUGCUGUAUUGCACUUGUAAGAAAUUCAGGUAGAGAGUGCCUAUCUUUGCAAACUCUUCUGUGAUGUCUUAAGAUAAAGAUCUUCAUUCAUCUUAAGAUAAAAUAGAUAAUCAUGAUAAGUGAUAGAGGAGAUGACUUGUAUAAGCCUUGAUUGUUGAAGAAAAUUGUUAAGAACCCAGUUUUUUGUUGUUAAAUCCUCAAGUCUGGAAAUUGUAAUGUUUUGAGGAAUUUGAGUAACCGAACAACGUUGGUUAACGAUUUGAACUGCUGUUUCAGACUGGGUUUUGCUUGAUGCCAAAAGGUUGCAAGAUUUGCAGUGGUUUGACAAACUCUUCUUGACUAUGCACACAUUUUCCUUUACUAUUAUAUUAGUAAUAUUUUGCCAAAGUGAAAGAAAAGAAAUCUGUUGCCAAAGUUAUCUAUCUUGAGAAAGUUGCAAAAUUCUUCAUCCAAAUUGUGGUUGAACAAUGAUUUCAUGUUGCUCUAUAGCAAGUGUUUCUUGCAAAUGUUCUAUCUAGCUAUAGGUAAUAACUUUUGCCUUUGUAAAUAAUAAUUUCACAAUGGUUGGAUCUUGUGGAUAGGGAAAUAAUUUGGGAAUAUGGAUUGGGUUGAUAUGAAUAUUAUCUGCAUAUUAUCAAUUUCUCUCUGGGGUAAUUUGAUCUUGGUUUCGAUUGUAUUAACUUCACCUUGCCUUUGGUAUUUGGGGACCUGUCCUUUAAUAUGCAAAUCACUUAUAAUUUUUCUCUUUUUUCAAUUAUGGAUAAAAGUGACGGGGUGAUGAUUUAGUUUUGCUUGGUUCCAAUGGACUCUUACACGAAUUAUUAGCUAGUUUGAGAAAUAAGUAGGAAAAUGAUAAUAAUAAUCAAGAAUAUUAUUCUCAGGGUCGAAUGCACAAUUGCUGCAAAUCUUGUAUGAAAAGAAUGUGUUCUAUUAUGUUUUCUUCUCUUUAUGUAUAGUUAUUAUGACUUCUCACAUUCAAUAUUGCUACACUGUCAGUAUAUUUCUGUUGGUAUAUUUCUGGUGGAAGGAUAUAAUAUUUAUGUACAUUUGUUAUACAAAUGCCUUGCCAUACAUAUAUAUUUACACUGCACUCACAAACAAAACAUAACCAACAAGUUACAGAAGAUGAAUUUAUUUUUCAUACACAGGAGAUUUUGUGAGAAUGAAAUGUUUACUGAAUUAAAUGAAUUGAGAAGAA